UUUUGAGCAGGAUAGUCAAAACAUUCACUCUUCGCCCAUUCUUGAUUAUAGAUUUGCAGACUAAUUUCAUUUACUGAAUUAUUUACAAGCGCAAUUCUAAGUUUGAUUUGAGCUUCUUGCGCUGAUAAGCAUCUUAAGCGAAAUCUCAGUAAACGAUCGCUUCUGCAGUUCUCUUUUUGUGGCUGCACUGAAACUGGUUCAAGAAUCGGAACGCCUCCGUCAGAUAACGUCGUCCGUUUGGGGCAGAUGUGGUGGCGCUUGGUCCUUCCUUUCGGCUCCUCUCCUCCCACUCCAGUGUACGGACUCGCCCUCCCCAUCAGAGGAGCGCACGGUGCAUCCUCUCGCUCACUCCGGACAGUAACACUGCACUAAACAUAGGAGAGAAGCCGUUUUACACCAGCAACUGGUUUUAUUUGAUCUUUAAUAAAGCGUCGGGACUCUUCUGCGUGCUUGCGGGACACGUUUCAACAUCAUGAACUCUUCGUGUUUCUUCGUGCCUGUUGCUUUCCUUCUGCUGCUGAGCCCUUGCUCUAUUGCCACAGUUUCGACAAGAAGGUGUCAUUCCAUUUACAAGGGCUUUGCUCGGUGUCUUAUGGCUCUGGGUGACAGUCUGACGGACACCGCACGCAAGGAUGAAGACACACAUGAGAUACACUCAAUCUGCAGGUCAUGGGAUGAGUUUCAUGCCUGCGCCAACUUGGCAAUGGCCGGCUGUCCGGAGGAAGCAGCGACUGUCUGGGAGUCCCUGCGCCAAGAAUCCAAGAAGAUGCAGUUUUCAGGAAACCUCUACGACAUGUGCUCGGACCGCGACAGUCACACAUUAACAACAGCGUCCGCGCGUGGCUCCCGCAUCCAAGGAGAGCUCAACCAAGAUGCUCUAAGAGCACGAGUCAGUCGUUUGGCUGACUCCAACUACCUUGUCAUACUUCUGUCUUCUCUGCUGUUGCUGUUUUGAACAGAAUCGUCUCAACACAAUGGGACUCAUGUAAAUACAGUCUGAACUUUGUACAAUUUCACCUCCAACUUUUCUCACCGCCCGCCUUUUCCAAAACACCAAAAGAGAGGAAUGCAUGCUUUCUUGCUGAAUUUCAUCGAUCCUAUUUUUUACAGAUUCAACUGUGAGCUUCAAUUGUGGAGUUGAAAAAAGAAAAAAGCAGCCACUACAACAGUCUUUAAACUCAAAAUCAUUUGUCUCAUAAGGUUUGUCAAAAGGACAGAGCAACGACCCGUAUCCAAUGCCCUAUUCAAGUAAAUCAAAAACAGUGGAUGUCAAGACUUUUGCUUUUAUAUUGCAAGCUUUUACAUGAACAUUUUUCAAGACUAACUGCAAGCAUUUUCACUGCGUGUAGAGUGUACAGCUUAUCUUGACUUCAAGGUGCAUGUUUCAGUAUUAAGUACAAAAAGCAUGAUAUACCUUCAUUACACUGCAAGGUUUUUUCCUUCAUACACAGCCCUUAUCAUAUACAGACGAGGUGGAGAUGAGUGUUCCUCUACAGCCACAAAGUGUCACUGUUCUCCAGAGACUCCAUGCUUGAUAAGUCAGACCCAUUUAUGAGCCAUCGCAUGAAAGUACUGGAUUGAUCGCAUCAGAUCCCCCUGGAAUUUAAAGCGGUCACACACAUUUGAUCUCACUCAAAAAUACAUGCAGUCAACUGAUGUUAUGAUGCUCUAUCAACUUGUUGUGACUAAAAGUGUUGAUUUAAAGCUAGAGGUAAUUUGUUCUCUAUGUACUAUGUUGCUUACUCUCUUCUGUAAAUACAAAUUCUCUUUAAAAAUGAUUUUAAAAGUCUUUAUGAGGUUUAUAGGUGGUGUACUGGUACAUUGGUCUGACUUCGUUGAAGGCAGGGAAGGUUCAGUUCUCACUGAGUGAAUGUGGGUGCAAAAGGUUGUUUAUAUGUGGCUUGUGACUAACUAGCAGUAGCCUAUCCCGGUUGUGUUGAGAGGUGCGCUACACUAUGGACUGCACACUUGUCGAUCAUAGGGC